GACCAGCGCCGACGAUCAGUUACCAACAAGCAGCAAGCCGGUGAGCGACGAAACAAACUACAAGCGCGCAUUUGAACAAUUCGUGAACCUCUAGCAGUAGCAAAAUAGAAACACAAACAGAGGCGGUGAAAGAAGUUAUUGAAGGCGAAAAACAGAAAACAACAGAAACAUAUUUUGUGGACCCACCAAAGAAUUUACCAGAAAAACAUUCAUUUUUACUCGUAUGAAGUAAAGAUAUAUUGAAAGAGUAAAAAAAAAAAAAACUUGUGACACUUGUUUUUCGUCUUUUAUAAUUUCAACUGAACUGUUGUUUAGACGUAAAAAAUAGAGACUAAAAGAAAAAGGUUGCAUAACUAAUUAAGUGAAAUCACACAGCAAACCUUAAACCAGAUAAAGAUAACCGAAAACAUUUACCACAUUUUUAUAUAAAAUAUAUAAAGUAAUAGAUAAAAGACACUUUGUAGUAACAACAAAAAAUAAAAACAAAAAAGAAUUCAGAAAAAAUGACUGGCUUCACCAUCAACGGUACUGAUUUGUUGAAAAGCAAAGCGCUCAAUGGCAGCGCCAACGGGGAUGCGAAUGGCAGGAGCAACAAUUACAUUGCCGAGGAAUGUCCGAAUGGUGCCACCAGCUCAACGUCCAAUGCCAACAAUGCCAACAAUAACAACAACAGCCAACAAAUUUACGUGGAUGAGGCAGAAGUGGAAAAUCGAAUGAAGAUGGUUAUAAAUGAAGAAAAUUAUUCAUAUGAGCUGAUCAAAGAGAUCGCCGACUACUUUUUGGAACGCACCAGCAUACGCCCGGUGAUCGGCAUCAUUUGCGGUUCGGGUCUGAACUCACUAGCCGAUCACAUUACCGACAUACAGGCGUUCGAUUACAAGGACAUACCAAACUUCCCCGUCUCCACUGUGGAGGGUCAUGUCGGGCGUAUGAUCUUUGGUUAUCUGGAGGGCAUGCCUGUUGUCGCUAUGCAAGGACGAUUCCACUACUACGAAGGCUACCCCUUGGCAAAGUGUUCCAUGCCUGUGCGUGUGUUGAAGCUGGUCGGCAUUAAAUAUUUAUUCGCCACCAACGCAGCCGGUGGUCUGAAUCCGAAAUAUAAAGUCGGUGACAUUAUGAUUGUGCGCGAUCAUAUAAAUAUUAUGGGCUUUGCUGGCAAUUCGCCGCUGCAGGGUCCCAACGAUCCACGCUUCGGUCCACGUUUUCCGCCCAUGACCAAUGCGUACGAUCGGCAUUUGGUGCGCAAGGCGCGCAAAGUGGUCCGUGAGAUGGGUAUUGAGAACGAUGUGCACGAAGGUGUCUACACAUGUCUGGGUGGCCCGAACUAUGAGACUGUGGCCGAGUUGAAAAUGUUGCGAAUUAUGGGCGUUGAUGCGGUGGGCAUGUCGACGGUGCACGAGGUGAUCACAGCCAGACAUUGUGAUCUCACGGUAUUCGCCUUCAGCUUGAUCACGAACAAAUGUGCGACCGACUAUGACAGCAGUGAGGAGGAUGCGAAUCACGAGGAAGUUGUAAUGGUCGGCAAGUCGCGUCAAUCGAUUUGCGGUGAGCUAAUGUGUCGAAUGAUACGCGAUCUCGCACAGGACAUUCAGCAGAAAAAUGGCAAGAAGUGAAGGGGAGCACAGUGGCGAAUCGAACCAAAAAAUAUUUAUAGAUUAUAGCGGUUACAUAGCGAGUUAAGUAGUCUCCAAUCACUGGUGGUCCCCACAACUGCUCGGCACUAGUUGCUUUCCGAUACAGACGCAAUUCGAAAAUUUGACGCCACCGCAAGCCAGUGAUUUAUUUAAAUAAAUAGUGUUAUGGAUCCAACAUACAUA